UAAUAUUUUAUUCCCUCGAAAUUAAGAAACUUCCCAGCAGGGAGAGAAUUUUAUCGCGCCAGAGUGCGUCAACUUCCUAACCACAAAAGCCUCCGCUUGUUGAGCUUGUGUCAGGCUUUUUAGUACCGCAGAAAUGUUUGGCUCGAAAGCAAUCGUUGCUGUCGCGCUGAUUUUUUUAUCCCAGCAAAUUGACUGUCUUAGAAACAAUGCUCGACAACCGCAGGCUCUUCCGAACUUUCCACAAGCGUGUCCGGAAAGGUUUACUUGUCAAAAAGGUGUCCUACUCUAUAGAUGUUACUGCGAGUCGCUGAAAAAGGAUCUAUACUGCAGCCAGUCCCUCGGAGAAAUUGUUCAGUGUCCAAAAGAAGUUCAAAAUGGUGAAACUCCUGCUGUGAAGAACGACACGAGCGCGGACACCAAAGCCGAGGCAAACCGCGAGGGCAAAAUCCAGUUUGGCGGGAAUGGCGGCAACGGCGGCAACAACAACCAGAACCAAGCCUCGCGUCCCGGCUACUUCGCUGGAGGAGCAGAGGGCGGACACGGACACUUCAACCCGAAUCCGGAGUUCAACCCUGUCGGCUCAUUCGGCAAUAACAACUACCAGGACAAUUUCAACCAGAGGCCGACGACGCGAACGACGACGACGCGGACGACCCGGUAUCCAGACAGAAAUAACGGAGAAAGCGGAAGCAGUAACCGCUUCAAAGCGCCGCAAGAGAAGUGUUCGAAGCCGAUUGUGCUGGUCGUGCUGCUCAUCUUCGUGGCCGUCAUCGCCGCGGCGCUGAUCGUGGCUCUGGUUGUCGUGGUCCGAAAGUACAAGCAGGCGCUGCACCAGAUCAUCCACAUGAACGAACUCUACUCGUCCGUCGGCCUCGAGAAAAAGAACACUAAUACUCUCGGGAAACUCGCAAAGUGAUAACUUUUGGCUUGUUUCAAUAAAAUAAAUAAAUUAUUUUAAUUUUAAAAAUGGUUGAGUAGUGUCUCUGCUGUCACAAUUAUUUAGCAUGUGAAAUAAAAUGUUCU